UGAGUGAUAGUUGUCGAUAGUCCCGGUAGACCUAUACAAGUCGAAUAUUGAAAGAUUCCGGUACAUAACCCAGUAGGCACUAUGCAAUAAUCCAAUUCAGUUUCGGUCGAUUUUGUAUUACCGUGAUUACUACCGAAAAUCAAGUGCUAAAGUAAACACUCGUCUCAUUCGGUUGCCGUCGAAAAGGGGGUUUGAUUUAUCAAUUAGUGAUUUUUGUGAACUUCAUUGGAUACUUAAUUAAGCAGCAGAACCCCUCCAGGCAGGUUGUUGAGUUCGAGUGAGACAAUUAUAGCGAGCUAGAGGACCCACUCCUGCUGAACAGAGUCACGGCAAACAUGUGCAAUAGUAGUGCCUCUGGAACCGGCAAUGGUCAGACCGGUUCAGUUCCCACGAUUCCCACUGAUUAUGAUGAAUUCUACGAUUCCAGCUGGCAGCUCAUUCCACCGGAUUACGGAGCCACUGAAUACGACUAUAGAAUCCUGGAUAGCAUAAAACUCCCUCCAGUCCAACGAUCCAGUUUCCACAUCAGCGAUAUUUUAGAACUUAACAACAACAACAAUACUCCAAGUAAAGAGUAUACGCACGCACACCUGCAACAACAAUCUAGUAAUACGUCUUCUACGGAUCAGCAGCUUCCACAACGGGGAGAAAUACCUGAAAAUUAUACGUCCCAAGCAGCCCAGCACUUUUUGCAGUAUGGCAAUUCGAACGGUUACAUGCCGCUACAGACAGUGAAUUUACCGCCAUCAACCUACGGUGAAUUUCCAUACUACCACCCGUCGCAUCAUUUAUUCCCAAGUGGUUCUGGCUCAUCUUCAAGCGGUGCUCCAUCCGGCUACCCAUCACGGUACUACGACACCAGUAGUAAUGAUUAUGUUCCUGUCGCGGCCCAGCAAAGUAUCGACCCCGGCAUCCAUCAUCAGGUCAGCCCAGACAGCACUUCUCCGGUUACGGAAAUGUCUUCUUACACUACCAUUGGCAAUUACAUACCAACGGCGGUUAUUGAAACGUCGGAUCGAUUGGCAAGAACAAAUGUUAAUAGUAAUAAUAGUAGUAACAGUAAUAAUAAUAUUAACUCUAAUAACACAUGCGAAGUAGAAUCGCUAGACGAUAGCAUCGAAGUCGGUACAUCAGGUGAUGAUCGAGCGGGCAGUGAACGUGGAACUGGAAGUGGAAACAGUCAAAAGAAACGCAAACGUAGAAUAUUAUUUUCCAAAACUCAAACGUACGAACUGGAACGGAGGUUCAAACAGACGAGAUACUUAUCUGCACCAGACCGCGAGAACCUGGCCAAGAUGAUCAAUCUAUCUCCGACACAGGUGAAAAUUUGGUUUCAAAAUCAUCGCUACAAGACCAAGCGAGCACAGACGGAAAAGCACUCACACUACGGGCACCAGUUAAGUAGCUCAUCAAAGCGAAUCAAUGUACCAGUAUUAGUACGGGACGGUAAACCAUGUAUGGGAUCGACAUCGUUGGGGGUAAGGAAAUCUGACCCGGAACCCCGGCACCAUUUUCUGUCUGCCGAAGUUCAUUCACUGGUCAGUGCAAGCGGUUCAGAGCACAGUCCUGUCGGAUUCGGAUUCCAGACCGGUGGUGUACGAAACAUUAUACAGAGCCAUGGCGUAGGAUCCACCGCGAGUUGGUGGCCGUGA